CUUGAGUUUCUUGUUUUGGGUUAAGUCAUAUCUAAAAAAGUAUGUCAUCGUUAUUAAUAUUCUUUUUAUUUUAUCUUCUAUAUUUUCAGAAACAUAUUACAUUGAUUGAGUCGUGGAUUUUUGCUAAUGUCACGAAGGCUUUCCUAAGUUUAUUUUACGACGCCAGACAGUCAACUGGUUUUAAUGAGUUUUAUUUGUUAGCCGACCUGUUUUCUUUGCUAGUAAAAAGAUACGGAUGCCAGUACUAUUUUAUUGUGAAAGGUAGACAUAGCUGUACAUAUUUGAAUGGCAGGCUGGAUGUGACCCUGCGACUCCUGGUUGCCAGGGAGUAGAGGAGGGGCCAUGGCUGCUGGGGCUUCAGUCGGAGAGAGCCAGCUCCAGAGGAUUAUCCGAGAUCUGCAUGAGGCAGUUGCCGAGCUUGCAAAUGAGUUCAAGGAAAAUGGAGAGCCAAUCACAGAUGACAGCACUAAUUUACACAAAUUCUCCUACAAACUGGAGUACCUGCUUCAGUUUGACCAGAAGGAGAAAACAACAUUUCUGGGUACCAAAAAGGACUACUGGGAUUAUUUUACCGACUGUUUGGCUAAAACCAAAGGAGCCAAUGAUGGCAUUCGAUUUGUCAAAUCCAUUUCUGAGUUGAAGACAUCUCUGGGGAAGGGACGAGCAUUUAUUCGCUACUCCCUCGUUCAUCAACGAUUGGCUGAUACUCUGCAGCAGUGCCUAAUGAACCAGAGAGUUACCAGUGACUGGUACUAUGCGAGGAGUCCCUUGUUGAAGCCCCGCCUUAGCGCUGACAUAAUUAAUCACUUGUAUGAACUCAAUGAGGUCCAGUUUGAUGUGGCUUCCAGAGGUCAUGAUCUUGAUGCCUCUUGGCCAACAUUUGCAAGGAGAACAGUGGGAAGUGUAAAUUCGCCCAGUCACAUGUGGAAACCACCUAGUCGUAGUUCCAGCAUUAACAGUCUGGCCAGCACUUACUCCCAGCAAGCACCAGAGUUCCCCUGCAGCCCUGACUACGGCCUGUUAAACGAUCUGAACGACUCCCUUCCUGCCUGCGCGGAAGACGUCGCUGUAGAAAACCUUCGCCUGGAGCUGGAUCAGUCAGAGCUGAAGCAGCGAGAGCUCUUUGUUAAAGUUCGGCAGCUGGAUGAAGAAUCUGCUGAGUACCAGGGAGUAAUUGAGAAGCUCCAGGGGCAGCUGGACGUGUCACUUGCUGCCCAAGAAAAGCAAUGGGCCUUGCAGGGAGAGCUCCAAAGGAGAGAGGAGGCUCUGUCCAGAGAGGUGGAGGAACUCAGGAUUGACAAGAAAAACAGGGAAGCUCAGCGUGUCAUGCUAGAGGAGAAGCUCACAGCUGCUGAGCAAAAGAACAUGGAGCUAAUGGCCAAGUUGGAUGGGUUUCUUAACGAGAAAGGCCAGCAGGCAGCGAAUCACUUUGAUUCAGCACAGAAGAUUCAUGAGCUACUUGACAAAUUGAAAGAGGCAGAGAAAGAGAAGAUGGAUGCUGUCACUGAGAUGGUGGAGAUGAGGCUGCAGGCAGAAAGGCUAGAGGAGGAACUAAGAGUGAAGGAAUCAGCAGCAAAGGAUAGUCGAGCUAAAUUUCAAGAGUUAUUCACAUCUGCGUCUGAGGAAAAAGCCAAGUUGGAGAACAGGAUGGAAGUACAGUUGAUCACUCUGGAAAAGCAGCAAGGUGACCUGACACUGAAAGAAAAAGAGGCAGGCAAGCUACAGAAGCAGCUCCAGGAUCUUCAGAGAUCUCUAGGAGAUAAAGAGCAAGAGUUGGAGGAGGUGAAGAAGAAGGCCCAGGAGGACUUAGAAGAGCUACAGAAGAAAGUAGCUACACUCACGGAAGAGCUUCAGAAGAAAGAGGCGGAGCUAGGGUCCAGCUCUGAGGCACUACAACAGCUAAAAGCCAAAAACCAAAAUCUGACCACAAAGAGGGACGAACUGACCACCAGCCUUUCUGCCCAUGAAGGUAAGAUCAAAGAGCUGUCUCCAAGGCUAGAAGACUACAAGACACAGUGUGCUGAUCUGCUGGAGUCAAAAGAGAAGCUGCAGAACACAGUGAGGAGGUACGAGGAGGAGCAAAAGGAGAUGACAGAUAAAAGAACAGCACUUGAGUCUGAGUUAGCAGCUCUAAGAGCCUCUGAGAAGCAACUCAGGGGCCAACUGGACGACGCCAAGAUGACAGUGGAUGAGAAGGAGAAGGCACUACGUGAGGAGAACCGCAGGCUGGAUGAGGGUCUGCAGCGAGCCAAGAUGGCUGCUAAUCUAUCAGAGACAACACUAAAACGCCUUGAACAGGAGAACCAGAGUCUGCAAGAGGAGCAGGAAACUUUGAAUGCAACUGUUAGUCGCAUGCAGACUGAUCUGAAGAAUGUCCAACAGCAGAACAAAGGCUUAGAGGAAAAUCUCGAGGCUUUGCACAAAAAAGAACUCUGUCUUCAAGAGGAGCUCAACGCUAAAGCAGAACAGCUGGAAAGCAAAGAGAAGGAUCUUCUAAAGUUGUUGUCUGUUGUUGAAGUGUUGGAGACCAAGGAGAAGGAGCUUGAAAUAGCAAAAACUACUGCAGAAGCUAUGUGUGUCAGACAGACAGAGGUGAUAGACAGGGUAACAUCUGAGAAACAGGCAAUGGAAAGUUCACAGCUGGAGAGGAGCACGGUCCAAGCCAAGGAGAACCAGGAGCUUACUGCCAAGCUAACUCUUUUUGAAGGCCAGUUGGAGGUCAGCAUGAAAGAGGUGUCUCGGCUCCAGGCGGUGCUCAUGAACUUGAAGGUGCAGAUGCAGAUUUCUGAGGAGGAAAAACAGAGAUCUCAAGUACAGCUGGAGGUGACAGAGGCCCAAAGAGAUGAGCUCAGGUCUCUUACUGAGCAGCUUAAAUUGCAGGCAGAGGCAUUAAAUCAGAAGCACAUAGCAGAGCUCAUGGAGGGUAAAAACAAAGAGGAGGCUCUCAUUCAACAGCGUGAUCAGGAAGUCAAAGCCCAUGCAGACCUGGCGAAUUCUGUAGCCGCCAUCCAAGAAGAGGUGUCCACCCUCAAGGCACAAAAUAAUAGGCUGGCUGUGGAGAACAACGAAAUCCGUGAGGGUCUGCACAGAGCCAACACCGAGAUGGCAGAGCUGGGGAUGACCAUCUGUAAGCUGAAUGCAGAGAAGGAGGAGGCCAGGGAGCUCUGGAGGGGAAAAGAUGCUGAGAUCGAAGAGCGAGAGAGGUUGGUAGAGCGACUCGAGGAAUGCAAGAAGGAACUUCAGCUGGAGAAUAACCAUUUCAGAGAGGAGCUGAAGCAGAAGGAAUCACUUCCAGGGAUUGUCAUGGAGCUACAAAGGCAGCUGGAAAAGACCCAGAACCAUAUGCAAGGUGUGAAGGACUCCUGUCGAGAAGAGAUAGACGCCAUCAAGUUCCAAAUGAGCUCAGAGACCAUGAACCACCAGGUCAACUUAAAGAGUUUGAGCGAGCAGCUUGAGCAGUGUAAAGUGAAGCUGCAGGAGGAGCAGAGAAAAGCCUGUAACUUGCAGGCUAAAGUAACUCAGCUACAGGGAGAAAAUGAAGAAUAUUUACAGCUAAUCAGUGAGAAAGAUGCUCACAUCAUAAAGACAGAGUCCACCAUUCGUGAGAGUGAAAGUGAAAUCCAGCAGCUGAAGAACACAGGGAGCAGUGCUCAAGAGGCUCACUUGUCUUUGCAAACGUUGUGUGAGGAGUUGAAGCAGAAACUGAAGAAAACGGAAGCUGAGAAGCAAACUCAGUAUGUGCAGCUGACGGCAGAGAUUGAAGACAUGAACACAACCAAAACCAACCUUGAGGAGCGGCUCAUUGAGCUCAUAAAGGACAAAGAUGCCCUGUGGCAGAAGUCUGACGCUUUAGAGUUUGAGCAGAAGCUGAGAGCAGAGGAGCGUUGGUGGUUGGUGGACAAGGAGGCCACCAACUGUCUGGACUGUCAAGGUCAGUUCACCUGGUAUCUGCGCAGGCAUCACUGCAGACUCUGCGGCCGCAUCUUCUGCUACUACUGCAGCAACAACUUUAUUGCGACGAAGCACAAUGGGAAGGAGCGCUGUUGCAGGGACUGCUACACGCAGCACAGUGCAGUGGUGGAGCGCUUCACAGAGGCACAGCUGACUCCUUCAGAUUUGUCUCCACCUUCAGAUGCACCUCAACCCCCACCUGAACCAGCUCCAUACAAACCCACCCCCAGUGUCACGGUUUCAGAUCCAGGUAACAGAUCUGAUGAUGGGGGUUUUGAUGUCAUCACAGAAGAGGAAGUGAACGGCGUCUACGACAGCGAUACCACCUCUCAGACCACAGGAGGCUCGCUGGAGGGAGAACUAGACCGACAGCAUCCUGCAGCUUAUGGAGUAGGUACGGGUGAUGUGACCCCUGAUGAAGAUCAAGUCACCACUCUCCAGGAUUCAGAGUUUAACCUUCUCAAAUCAGGAGAAGUCACGAUGGCCGUCCCUCUCAGCAUGGAGGACAUUUCUCAGUUCGGUGAUGGUUCCAGAGAGCUCUUCAUCAAGUCCAGUUGUUACAGUGUCAUUACCGUCUCUGUGGCAGACUGUGGUCAAACUAUCAGCUGGAUGUUUUCCUCUGAGCCCAAAAGCAUCUCGUUUAGUGUAGUUUAUCAGGAGUCCAGUGACGUUCAGGCGCAACAGUCUAAGGUGCUGAUUCCUCUGACACGUUGCAAUUCCCAUAAAGAGACCGUGCAGGGGAAGCUGAAAGUGCAACACCCCGGCCUCUACACACUCAUCUUUGACAACUCUUUUUCUCGGUUCAUCUCUAAAAAGGUGUUAUAUCAUCUGACCAUGGAGAGGCCUAUUAUCUACGAUGGAAGCGACGGUCCUUGAACCUAACACCUGUCUCCUCGUGUCUCAGGGAAAGCUGAAGGCAAAUGGACAAAAUGACAAUCCAUGUGUGUUUUUGUUAUGUUUUAUCUGUUUCACAAACCAAGUAUUUGAAAAAAUGUCGCGUAACAUUUGAAUUUUAAUGGGUUAUAAUAGAUUUAUGUGCUUUAGAGAUGGUUUAAAAAAUGGAUGAUGAAUAAGAAAGAAAUAUCUAUGCAAGUUUAUUUUAAUACAUUCAUAUGGUUUUACUUCCUUUGGGAAAUGUUAUUCUUUGUGUCUGGUUUGUUUAUUUAGAACUAUUUCUGAUUCAUUUAAACAUGGAAAACUGUUGAUUAGAGACAAAAACCCUAGAAGUAAAAAAUAUAAUUUAAACCAACCACUUUUAAUAGGUUUGUGCAAUUUUUAUAUACGACGUGGUCAAGAAAAGCACAAGUGCGCACCAGCAGUUUGCUGCUGGCUGGUUUUCAAGUUCAACAUUACGCUUGCUCUCUGUCACUGGGAGAGAGAGAAGCUUACUUAACACCUCGCAGCUUUGUGCAAUUCUCAGGACUGAUGUGUCACGGUGUUUGCUUAGAUAUGUGUUUUUUAGAGAAUAUUGACACCUUACUUUUUAAAUACACACUCUUUCAAACCACUAUUUCUCAUCCAGUUUUAUAAUCUAACUCUCUUUACCAGACCUGAUGACUUGUAGUUUAAAAUCAUGUCUUCUAAAGUGCCUUUUAGUUCAGAAUCUUGUUUUUUGUUAUACUAUUACAGUAUAUGAAUAGAAACUAGUACACAUCAUACAAACUUCAUUUCAUCAAUAAAUCCUAUUUUGCACAUUUUAUAGUAUUUCAGGGAUUUCCCUUUUUUCUUUUAUUGUGGUUUUUCUUUCUUUAGAUAACUAUUUUCAUUCUUGUGCUUGUAGACAUCAAAUACAUUUAAUUUGUUUUGGCAAAGCAGUAAGAAAAGGAUUAAUAGUCAUCACUUUUUGUCUCAACCUUUUUAUGCCAAGUCUCAUAUUACUGCACUUUGCAAUAAAAUAUUUCAAAUAUUACAAACGAUACUAAAUCUGUCAUUUUGCACUUUUAGAAAAAUUUCUCAAACACAUUUUUGUACUUUUGCUAGAUUAUAUUUUGGAAAUGAAACAUUUGCACACAUUAUUGUGUAGAGGGUAAAUGUUGUUGCUUUUAAGUAAACAUGACAAGUUAACCAAGGCUACUGUGAUGGAUGAAUCUAAGAGGAUGGGAUGUGAUGCAUGGUGAUUUAAUGGUGUGUGUUUAUCAGAACCUUGUAUCUAGAAGAACUGAGUUCUGGGUGUGAAAAGGUAUUUGGUUUGCAUUAAACUAUGAAGUUGAUUCUUAUCAAAACGGCA